AUGGAGCGCAAGAAAAAAUCCGGUUGGGAAUACAAAAAAAUGCUCCUCGCCAAAGAGGCCGCAUUAAAAAAAAAAAUAAAAAGUUGUUCGAUUCCUGAUACCAUUGCCAUUUCACCGCUGAUGAAAAAUCCUGAUCUGACAUGUGCCAAACCUUUGGAUAUGCAACCUGACAUAUCAAUGGAUAUAGAAGAUCCUAAAAGUUCUAAUGCAAACUCAGAGCCAGUAGCGAAACGUAUAAAAUUGGGUUCAUCGAUUAGCGGAAGCGCGGACUGCGUGCCAGGCGAUGUAGGAGCUAUUCACGAUGUGAUAUUUUCUGACCCUUCGAAGUGGCCAUCCAUCACUGAUCGCAAAAUUCGACAGUUAAUUGUUGAAAAAGGCCCUGUACAUUUCGAAGAUUUUGAUUUUCCCGUCGAGAACGUGGGUAUGAUGAAAAAGGCAAAGUGGUACUCGAUCAUAUUGGACUGCACGCCCGACAAAAGUCGUAUUGAACAGAUGUCCAUCAUCAUCAGAUUCGUAUCAUAUGAUGAGAAGGCUCAAAAAUUCGAAAUAAGAGAACAUUUUCUUGGAUUUCUCCCUAUUACUGACACCACGGGUAAAGGAUUGACACAGGUUAUUCUUGAUGAGCUACAGAAUUUGGGUAUUGCCUUUUCUGAUAUGCGUGGUCAAGGCUAUGACAACGGGGCGAACAUGAAGAGCAAACAUUCUGGGGUGCAAAAUAGGAUUCUGCAAAGAAACCCUCGAGCUUUCUUUGUCCCUUGCUCAGCUCAUACCCUCAACCUCGUAGUUGGCGAUGCUGCUGCGGCCACAGCUGUCAGUGAUACGCGUUGGGAAAGUAGGGUUGAUGCCGUCAAACCCGUGCGCUACCAGCUUGGGGAGAUCUACGAUGCACUUGUCGAAAUCUCGCUCGAUGAAAAAAAUAAUAAUGCAUUGAAAUAUGAGACUAAGUGCUUAGCCCAAUCGAUCGCGAAUUUCAAAUUCAUUUGUAGCGUGAUCAUUUGGUUCGAUAUUUUAAAUAAAGUCAAUGUCGCGUCACAAUUAUUACAAAGUCCUGCUUUGAAUAUAGUUGAAUGCUGUAGCAUCUCAAACAAAAUUAUCGAUUUUCUGAAGCAGUAUGGAUCUGAAGAAAGCUUUUCUAGAAUAUUGCACGAAGCGAGAGACUUAGCAUCUAAAGUAGAGAUAGAGCCAGUAUUUCCCCUUGAAAACACGGUUCGCGUUCGGGUGGUAUCGAUUGGAGAGAGAUUUCAACAACUACAGGCACACAGCAAUGAUUUCAAAUUCUUGUAUGAUAUUCACGCUCUUAAGUCUUCAAUGAAAGAAGAAAUAAUGAAGAGCUGCAAGGAUUUACAGAUAACAUUAACAGAUGGGGAUCACAUGGAUAUUGAUGGGAUUGAUCUGUGUGACGAACUUAUUAAUCUGGCUUUGAUCUUGCCUGCGAAUCAAUCCCUAAUUGAAGUUUUGAAUUACCUCGUGAAGAAUGAUCUUCUGUCGAUUGUACCCAACGUUGUCAUCGCCUUGCGGAUAUUAUUGAGUUUACCCGUUUCAGUGGCGUCAGGAGAGCGGAGCUUCUCGAAAUUGAACAUUAUUGAAAAUUAUCUGCGAUCGACAAUGAGCCAGGAACGCUUCGUCGGAUUAGCCACCAUAUCCAUUGAGGGCGAAUUAUGUGAUCUGAUUGACUAUCAGGAGCUUAUUGCAGACUUUGCAAAAGUGAAAGCAAGAAAAAUAAGUUUCGAGUAA